AGAUGAACUAGAAAAAGAUCAAAGAAUCCAAGUCUAUGGGAACAAUAAGUCAUCAUCUCAAUCCAUCUUAAGAUAAUCUCCAAAGUCUAAAUAUGCUGUUCUUGAAUCUGGAUUUCUGGAAAGUGAGUGGACUUAUUUGAAAAU